AACUCUUUUUACAUAUGUAUUUGACCCACCGCCUUUCUUCCUCGUUCGUGUUCUUGGUUCUUGAUCUCAAUAAUUAUUAUUAACUUAACUCUUCUCAUCGUCACCUUUCAACUUUCGUUAAUUUCGACCUUGCAACAACACAAGUUCGUACUAUUUUGUCCGCCUACUUCUGAGAAGUGAGCAAAGAAACUACCCAUCUCGACAAAAACAAAGCCAAAACACUCUCAAUCAAUACCGUCGAUCCUGUCAAUCCUUCUCGAUGGCCAGCAACGAGUAUUACGGCCAGCAGCACCCUCAACAGGGCUAUGGCGGCUACCCGCAACAGCCUCAGCCGGCUUACGGUCCUCCUCCCGGCCAGUACUACCCGCCACAAGGCCAGCCGCAAAUGCAAUACCAGCAGCAACCUCCCCCACAAGAGCGCAAGUCAGGCGGUGGUGGCUGUCUUAAGGGGUGUCUAGCUGCGCUGUGCUGCUGCUUCGUGUGCGAGGAAGGAUGCGAAUGCUGCGCCGACUGCUGCGAGUGCUGCUUUGAGAUGUGUUAAGGUGGAUGGAUGGACCUCCAGAAACCCAUGCGAUGAUGUGGCCAUAAGGAAAUAGGAUGGCAAAUCGGUGGCCUUUUGGGGAUUUGGGUUGCGUAAGAGGGAGAGCCGAAUAAUACUAUUCAGGUCGACUCGCACUUCGAAAACGCGCUCCAAAAAACGCAAACAACAAGGAUACUCAACAGGAGAGUAAUGGGGGGUUUUGAGGAUGGCAUUGUGACUUUACGAUACUACCUGGCGUCUUCCCUACGGACGUACAGGCUUAUUUCAGUUCAGGGGAUUAAAACUGGUUUUCAAGAUUAGUUUCUGACGAUACUGUACGAUGAGCUUCUUUGGCUUCACGACAUAGGGGCGAAGCAGAGGUCUCGUUCGCCUUAUACGAAAUUUCUUCUGUUGCAAACCGUGUUAUUUUUCUGUUGACUGCAGUGACAAUGACAACUCUUGACAAUUUCGAGGUGCUAGCCCUGGAGGCUUUAAUUACCGUAAUUAGAGCUAAUAGCCUACAUAAGUAGUUAGGUAUUGUACCUAGCAUACUAGGUAGUAGUGUGCUAAGGGUCCGUGGAUAUCAAUCUGGCAAGCCGGUUCAAGUAAUUAAUGGUGGACGUAUUCGAGUUAAGACUCCAGAG